AUGGGCCCACAGAUUCCUUUUUUUGCAAGGGGAGUGAGUUGGGACCAUUUGGGUAGGCUGGGCCUUCGGCAAGGUCCUUGUUUUGGGCAAGGACCCGGCCUCCAUAUGUUUGAAUGCUCCUUGCCGUUCGGCAAGGAGUCAACAAGACCUGAGGCUUGGCUCGAGAUGUAUGUGUCUUGGCCAAAACAAGGGGCUGGGUUCCUGGGCCUAGGGUUAGAAAUAGGGGGGGCAAUAAAUAAGGUUUUUCAACACCUGCCGUUCGGCAAUAGUAGCUGGGACCAUUUUCAGAAAAACAACGAAAAAAAACCAAAGUGGAGCUGGAGUGUUCAGACCUUCGGCAAGGAGGUGAAGUGGAGCUGGGUCUGUGGCAACAGAGCCAAGUCCCUUAUUUUCGCAGCUUCGUGUCGGGACUCUAGAUUGGGAGGAGCAAGAGUUGGGACUGAUGAGAAGAGGAGAAUGGGCCGAGCCUGA